AAGACCACAGUGCGUUAGAGUUUGUUGAGAGAAAAGGAAAGGUUAGAGAGAGAAACACUCAAAAUUCUUAGAGAGAGAAACUCACCCACUUCCUCUCUUACAUUCAACAAUUACAUUUCAUUUGCCCCCAACAACCUUUCCUUUCUUGAAGCUAUAAAGUUUUUCCCUUUUUUGUUGCCUUUGAAUUCUUAUUUCUUAUAUUCAUUUCAUAAAUCUUGGUUCUUCUUUUAUCCCUUUAAAUCAAUUUUUCUUGUUCUUGAUAUUGAAUAUGGCCUGGGAAAGACACAAUCUUGAUUCCAAUUCUUUUUGGGUUUUAUCUUGCUGUAAAUAUAUGUGCAAUAUUUGUUUCUUGAAUCCACUAAUUAUUUGCUGUAGUCUCUGUAUUUGAUUUCAUUUUGGCUUUGAAGGGGUUCUAGUUCUUUGUCUUCAUACUGUAUAGGAAUAAAGAUUGAAUCUUUUUAGUAAGUUAGAGGCAAGGUUUAUUGGAUCCAAGCUAUUUUUGAGGGUUAGUUUAGUCCAAAAAAAAAAUGUAUAUUGAAGAAGUGAAGGAGGGGGAAGAGUUUUGUGAUGAUCAUUGUGAAGGUCCAUUGGCUGUAUCGGAGACGAAAAGGGCGUUAGUUGGAGCAGGUGCUCGUGCUCUUUUUUAUCCGACAUUGCUUUAUAAUGUUGUGAGAAACAAGAUUCAGACUGAGUUCCGAUGGUGGGAUAGGGUUGAUGAGUUCAUACUGUUAGGAGCUGUUCCAUUUCCUGCUGAUGUCCCUCGCUUGAAGGCUCUAGGUGUGGCUGGAGUUGUUACCUUGAAUGAAUCAUAUGAGACUUUGGUCUCAACAUCAUCAUAUCUUGAUCAUGGCAUCAAUCACUUGGUGAUUCCUACCAGAGACUAUCUUUUUGCACCAUCAGACAGAGAUAUUGAUCAAGCUAUAGAAUUCAUCCACGGUAAUUCAUCUUGUGGUAAGACAACAUACGUACACUGUAAGGCCGGCCGUGGCCGUAGUACAACCAUUGUCCUUUGCUACCUGGUCAAACACAAGCAGAUGAUGCCUGAGGCUGCUUAUGAUUACGUCAGAUCCAUCAGACCAAGGGUCUUGUUGGCCUCCUCUCAGUGGCAGGCUGUUAGAGAAUAUUACGCAAGAGUAAAAGAUACUGAUAGUGAUGUCUGUGGAGAUGAUAAUUCAUCGAAAGUACUUGACUUUCCAGCACAAAAAGAUAUUGCUGCCUUUGAUGAUGGUUCGGUCGUUCUAGUCUCUGAAUCUGACCUUGACGGGUAUGAUGACAGCAUUGAGUCAUCAGGUCAUCUAACACGUAACGAAGUGUUAGUGGAUUUAAACCUUGCAUGUAAAGGAGUUCAGGUUGCUCGCCAGGCAGCAAUUUCCCGGCUUUCAUAUCUCUGGCUUCGCUAUCAUUCGACCCAAAAAAUGUCAACCAAGAAGCUGGGAGGUAUUGGUGUUGACAUCCACGUUUAUUGAGAUUUCAUAUAUGUUGGUUAAGGGAAACCUAGGUGUGUUUCCAUUUCUCCUUUUUGAUGGUGGUGAUGUCAAUUAGAUGCUGCUGCUUCCUUUUUUAACUUAAACCCCCUCCCCCUUUUUUCAUGUCUUCUGGGGAGCUACAACAAAAUUGUUGCAAAUGUAACUCUCAAUUUGCAAGAAGAUAAUCUUUGCAAGAAGAAUCUUUGCAAGAAGCCAAGAUUCAAGAAGUGUCACAGUUUUAAUAAUAUGAAGUGUCGUGAAUGGGCAUAACUGUUGUCUGUAGAGUUGUCUUUGAAAGGGAAAAGCGUGAGGCUUGCAUGUAUUACUAAAUUCGAUGUGUUGAGUUAUUUCUCUGUUUUUCA